UGUUACUCGCAACUUCGCAGAAGUGUUGCAGUAACGAUAGUGGCAUCAUCAUUGUCGGCAACAGACAUAACGAUAUUAAACGAACGUUAUAACAUAUAAUAACUCAUAAAUAAUCAAUAACUCCUUAAUUAUCGAAAUUGUAGUUAUCUCGUUAUCAUAUCGUAACUUCAAAGAAUUAAUAUAGUAUUCAAGUGCAUGUGCCUUUAAAAGUUUUCUGGAGCGAAAGAAGUAAGCAGAAAUUUCACGAUUUACAUCAUUUACUUUUUAAGAAGAACGUGGACUACUACUUUGGAUUCUUAGUAUUACAGAUAGAACAUAAUUAACAUUUCACAAAACCCAGAGAGACGAAGCGAAGGAAAGUCGGAUACCAUUUUAUAUUACCCAAUAAACGAUGAUUACCAGUGUACUACUCUCAUGUGCUGUUAUCGUAUUUUUAUAUUAUUAUGUUAUCCACCUUGCAAGAUUUAGGCGUCUUAUCAAUCUUAUUCCGGGACCACCAAUGUUUCCAAUUAUCGGUGAUCUUGAAAUCAUGUCUCUUACUUCACGUGAGAAAUAUAUGGAAAUAAUAGUAACACGAUUUAAAAAAUAUAAUCCCAUUUAUAAAUUUUGGCUCCUUACGAUCGCUUAUAUUAGCAUUAGCCAUCCGGAUGACAUGCAGACAUUAAUGAACAGCACGAGAAAUAACGAGAAGGGCAUGGCGUACAAAUUACUUCAUACAUGGUUAGGAGACGGUCUUCUGCUUAGUAAAGGAGCAAAAUGGCAAGAAAGGCGAAAGAUUCUAACGCCUGCGUUUCACUUUCAUAUAUUAAAAAGAUUUUUUGAUAUCUUGAUCGAGGAAAGCAAUAAUAUGGCGAAAUCAUUGAAAGAUAUAAAAAACUCAACUGUCGAGGAUUUAGAGUCUUUCAUUAGCCGCCAUACCUUGAAUAUAAUAAGCGAAACUUCUAUGGGCACUUCCUUGCGAAAUCUAGAUGAACUUGAACAACAGCAGUACCGCGAAGCAGUCUAUGAGUUAGGAGACAUACUAUUUUACAGGGUCUUCCGACCGUGGUAUUACAGCGACAUGACAUUUCCGAUCUCGCCGAGAUACAAGGAUCACGUUAAAUGCCUGAAAAUACUACACGAAUUUACGGAAAAAGUUAUUAAGGAAAGGAAACAAUAUCACGAAUCCACUAAUGGACGAUUUCUAAAUUUUGAAAAAGCUGGAGAAGAUGAAGAAAUGAUAGGAGGAGGGAAGAAGAGACUUGCCAUGUUGGAUCUUUUGAUAGCGGCGUCCAAAGAUAGCAAUUUGAGCGAUCUGGAUAUUAGGGAAGAAGUCGAUACCUUCAUGUUUGAAGGUCAUGAUACCGUAGCAAUGGCAUUGAUUUUCGCUAUAUUACUGUUAGCCGAACAUAAGGAUAUUCAGGAUCGUGUCAGAAAUGAAGUCAAUGCUGUGAUGGAGGAGAACGGAGGAAAACUUACUAUGGCAGCGUCACAGAAUUUGACAUAUUUGGAUAGAUGUUUGAAGGAAGCGUUGAGAUUGUAUCCCAGUGUUUUCUACAUUCUCCGAAAGUUAACGGAAGACGUAAUGAUGCAAUCAUAUCUAGUGCCUGCUGGAACGCAAGUGUAUGUUGACAUUCUCAGUCUUCACAAAAAUCCUGAAUUCUGGCCAAAUCCAGAGGUGUUCGAUCCAGAUAGAUUUUUGCCAGAACUGGUGCAAAAUCGUCAUCCUUUUGCUUAUGUACCGUUUAGCGCAGGAUCGCGGAAUUGCAUAGGUCAACGAUUUGCCAUGAUGGAAAUGAAGGUUGUAGUUGCUUUCCUGGUGCAUAAAUUUUAUUUGGAGCCCAUGCAACGCGCGGCAGACGUUCGACUUACAGGCAAUAUAAUACUUCGUCCUGCGCACCCGGUACGCGUAAAAUUUGUCCCAGUCCAAGGUGCACACGCAACGAAAGUUGCAUAGGAACACGAACAUACAUAAAAACCUAACAUGUUUAAAGGAAAAAUGAUAAAUUAUUUCGUGCAUUGUCGCAUGACAUGAAUCAAUAUCACAAAUAAGAUAAUUAUUGUAUACAUAUGAAUGUCUAAUAGGAAUAUGCAUGAUACUUAUUCAGAUUGAUUGGCUUGCUUUGAGUACUUUUCUUGACUAGUCUAAUUUAGGAUAUGAUAAGGGAAAAAACAAUAUUUUUUUAUAUACUAGACAUUAAUCACUUUUAUCGCGUUGAUUUAUAAUCAAGGUUUCUUUUUCAUUCUUAUAUUCUCGAUAAUAAAAUAUCAAUGUAUAUUUAUUACAAUUUGUAUUGCUCUUGCUGUGUCUCCAAGCUGCCCGCAAGUCUGUAGUGCUCAAGGUUUUUCUUAGUGAGUUCACGUGUACUAUUUUGAACAAAGGAUUAUUGGUUACAAUAGUACCGGUUAACGCAGUUUAGACAACAUUACGUCAUGACUUUUUAUUAUAAUUUAUGGCCUGUAUUCGAGAAUCCAUGGCGAGUCACUAGUACCAUAACGCUGAACCGUUUUGAAAUUACACGAUAAAUUCAGCAGGAUAGGAUUUCAGCAACGCAGGAUGGUUGACGCGACUCGAUAUAACAAGGUACAAAGGGUGGGAAUCGAAAAACUCUUCCUUUAUCGACACACCUGGCAAUUUAUUAAUCGUCAAAGAACACAACGUUUCAACCAGUAGUUUUGGUCCUUUUCAAGUGUGAAUGUCCAAGAAUUAAAUAUUAUAAUGUCUUUUUCUAAAAUAAACAAUCAAUUAACACAUACACAGCAUAAAUAUAAUAAAAACUUUUCUUUUCUCCGAGUACCUAUCUGUUACUUAAUAUAAUUAUUGGUGUCUUUUUCUGGCAGUAAGUGUGGUUAAUCUAUUAGUUUUUAUUAUAUUUAUGCCGAUAAUUACUUCCAAAUCAUCUGUUCAUAGCUCUAUGCAAAUCUAUGCAAAUGAUUAAUGCAGUAUAGCGUAAAGUAUUACGUGCAAAACCUCAUCUCAGAGAGAAAUCAUAAGAAAAAAUUUAUUAUCUCCAAACCCAGAAUAUUAUAUGAAAAUGUAUUACGAUUAAAGAAAAAAUAUAGACGUUUGAAGAAUAUAGUCAACGAAAUAAAAAGAAAAAAAUACAUCACGAACAGUGAACAGACAUUAUGCACAAGUGACAAUAAAGAAAGAAUUAACAAAACUGCAUCUGCGAUGCAACAACAAUUUAUAGACAUGGUAUUGAGAAACAAUAAUGUAGCACCACAGGUAUAAAAUUUCCAUACGUUCCUAAUAAUUCCUAAUAAUGUCAUUACAAUUAAUGUUAUUACAAUUAAUAAAAUAUAACUUAUCAC